UACAAAGUACAGAGGCCGUUCAAGAUGAAGGACUUUGUUCACUCAAUCAAAAUCAAUGUCAACCCUUCCGACACUUUCAUUGCCGUCCAAGCACAGUGCAACUCUUCACAGUCAGGAGCCAGCGAGAGAGUUAAGGCACUGUACAUCAUCUUGGAUAAAAUCACCGGUCAGCCGUAUGGGGCGUACUGCACCUGUGCAGUCGGUCUCUAUCAGUCCUGUGCUCACGUGGGGGCCACAUUGUUCCAACUGGCAGACUUGGUUUCCAUGGGAUAUACCCAGCUGCCGGACGACCCAACAUGUACCGAGAAGCUGUGCGCGUGGACAGACCCUAAAGCUGCAGCUGUUCAGCCGAAGCUGUACACGGAGAUUGAGUUCAGAAAAAGCCCAGAAAGUUCGGAGAACAUCUGA